UUACACAUCCAAGUGUCCGGUGUUGCCGGAAAUAUGGCGGCGUAUUGAGGAGGAAAUACCGGGCAUGGCGGGGCCCGGGGGCCGCAGUGGGGAGGUGAUACACCUUAAUGUGGGGGGAAAGAGGUUCAGCACCUCCAGACAGACACUGACAUGGGCCUCUGACACUUUCUUUUCCAGCCUCCUCAGUGGCCGAAUAUCAACUCUAAAAGAUGAAACAGGAGCAAUAUUCAUUGAUCGUGACCCUACAGUGUUUGCUCCAAUUCUAAACUUCCUGCGCACCAAAGAGCUUAAUGUCAGAGAUGUGAACUGUUCUCUCUUGCUGCAUGAGGCAGAGUUUUAUGGCAUCACCCCAUUAGUUAGACGCUUGCAGCUGUGUGAGGAGUUGGAGCGCUCAUCCUGUGGGAGUGUCCUGUUUAAUGGAUACCUACCACCCCCUGUUUUUCCAGCAAAAAGAAGAAACCGCCACAGUGUCUCUGGGCUGCAUGUGAGCUCCAGAAGUAGCGUUAGUGAGCGAGCUCCCGUUCGUCGCAGUAACACCAUGCCUCCUAAUCUGGGGGGUGCUGGGAUACUUGGCCGCCUUUUAGAAGAGAGAAGUUCUGGAGGCAGCUGCAGCGACCCUGGGAUGGUUCGGAUAGUAUGUGGACAUCACAACUGGAUAGCAGUGGCUUAUGCUCAGUUUAUUGUUUGCUACAGAAUGAAAGAGACCUCUGGAUGGCAGCUGGUUUUCUCCAGCCCAUGCCUGGAUUGGGUGAUUGAACGUGUUGCGCUUAAUGCCAAGGCUGUAGGGGGGACUCCUGGAGAUAAUGAUAAGAUGCUUGCGGUGGCUUCCUAUAGUGAGAUCAUCCUCUGGGCCAUUGGUGGUGAUGGCAGUGGAAGUGAAAUAGGGGUUUUUAGUCUGGGGGUUCCUGUGGAAGCCUUGUUUUUCGUUGGCAACCAGUUGAUAGCCACCAGCCACACUGGGAAAAUUGGGGUGUGGAAUGCAGUGACCAAACACUGGCAGAUUCAAGACGUGGUUCCAAUAAACAGCUAUGACACUGCUGGCUCCUUCCUCCUCUUGGGCUGCAAUAACGGCUCCAUCUACUAUGUUGAUGUCCAGAAGUUUCCCUUGCGCAUGAAAGACAACGAUCUUUUGGUUACAGAACUUUACCGUGACCCCUCUGAAGAUGCUAUCACUGCCCUAAGUGUCUACCUCACACCCAAAACAAGUGACAGUGGUAACUGGAUAGAGAUUGCAUAUGGGACCAGCUCAGGAGUGGUUAGAGUUAUUGUCCAACACCCAGAGACAGUGGGGUCCGGUCCCCAGCUUUUUCAGACCUUUACCGUCCAUCGUAGCCCUGUCACUAAGAUCAUGCUGUCAGAGAGACACCUCAUAUCAGUCUGCGCAGAUAACAACCAUGUUCGCACAUGGACAGUCACUCGCUUCCGUGGCAUGAUAUCCACCCAGCCUGGUUCCACCCCACUUGCUUCUUUCAAGAUCUUGGCACUGGAAGACAUUGACGGACACGCCGGUUGCGGCGCAGGAAAUGACAUUGGUCCCUUUGGAGAAAGAGAUGACCAGCAGGUUUUCAUACAGCGCGUUGUGCCAGAUUCUAACGUUGUGUACGUCAGGUUGUCUUCCACAGGAAAACGGAUUUGCGAAGUGCGUUCUGUAGACGGUGCCCCUAUUACUUCCUUCACUGUUCAUGAGUGUGAGGGAUCCAGCCGUAUCGGCUCCAGACCCCGCCGAUACCUGUUCACCGGCCAUGCCAGCGGUUGUAUUCAGAUGUGGGACUUAACUACUGCCAUGGAGAUAGCUAACAAAGGAGAGAGCGGAGAGCUGGGUGGCCUUACCCAGGAAGAGCUGUUGGAGCAGCUAGAGCAGUGUGACCUGGCACUCACCCGUACCCCAGACCUUAGUCCUGCCACAUCCUACAGCCACAAUUCCAACCCCCGGGCCUCAAUAUCUAGCCUUCAGUCCCAGCUGAGUGAAAGCUCACGUGCAUGCAUCUCCAGAGCUGCCUUUUCCAAUUCACAUCGCCCUCAGAUUUUGGCUGUUCGUCCUUCAGAAGGAUGGGCCUCCCUGUGCAGCCUGCAGCCUCAUUUCACAGGUAGCCUGAGCUCGCUGCACAAGUCGGACACUUUGCCUCGCUCAGGCACAAAACCUGCCAGAGGUACUGGUGUUCAAUCACGACCUGAGCUUCACGGUGUUGUGGUUGAUCCUCCGUCUCCACGUGUGAACGGUGGCUUUGUGGAGCGUUGCCAAGAGCUUGCCCGUUCCUCUGAGUUCCAACAAAUUGAAUCACGGCGGCCCAGCAGUGAGAUAGCUUCCACCAGAAACAGAACACCACGCGCCUCUUUGCCAUCUAGGCGCCCAGCCUCUCCUGCCCCUUCGCAGCUGCCAUCGCUCUGUGUUGCUCCAUCCCCUUCUCCGUCAUUAUCCUCCGGAGGAGCAGGAGAGUCAAGUGCUUCAUCCACAACACCUCCCAAGCUUUCACAGAAGACCAGGUUAAAUGAGACCUCUUUCUGAUUGGUCAUGUAACUAAGGAUGAGUGGGUUACACGUUUCUUAGUCCACGGAGUCUGUACUUAUUGCCGGUGCAUUAUAGGCAUUUGGGAGCCUUUAACAAUUAUGUGAGCUUUUGCAUAAAAGGGCAUCAAGUAAGCUUUACUUGGGACAUGUUGCUAGGUUCCAGACACUUGUCCAAUGGAGUAAAAGUCGAAAGUAAUUGGUUUCAUUACUGUACAGCAAUAAUGGAUGCCUAAAAGCAAAUGAAACCCAAAAUGUAUUUCAUGAUUGUGAUAGAGCAUAGACUUUUAAAUAUCUUUCCAAUUUACUUCUAUGCUAGAAUUAGCUUAGUUCUUCUUGGUAUCCUUUGUAAAAGGAGCGCAGCUAGCUGAACACGUCUAACAAGCCAAUGACAAUAGGUAUAUAUGUGCAAUCUACCAAAGAAAAUUUGAUAAUAGAAGUAAAUUGGAAAGUUGUUUAAAAUUGUAUGUUCUGAUUCACAAUAUAAACAUUUUGGUAUUCAUGUCCCUAUACAUAAAUUGUUGAAAACAAUUUAAAAAAAAAUCUACUUUGGUUCACAUCCUUUAAAAACAGCCAGGAAAGAAAGUUUUUCUUUCGCCCUCACAAAACACUAACACUCUCUUGAAAAAGUUCAUGUCGCUUCAUUAGUGUAUUUGUUUUCUAGGCUAGGUAGUUCUAUGCAGGCCUUUCUUAACGCCAAUUCCUCUGUUCAUUAUUUUUAAUGCCUCCCUCCCUCUUUGGAAAACUAUUUGUCUUAAAAAUAUUAUUACAUUUUUCCGCAUAUAAGGUGCAGGAAACUUUCCCACCCUUCUGAAACAGCACUUAUGCAUGGCUUUUCCCCCCCUGUAACCAGAUACUGUUUCAUUCCUUUUUAAAGGGACAGUCUACUCCAGAAUUUUUUGUACCUCUAUUAUUACCUUGUAUCAAAGCCUCUGCAGACUCCCCCCCCCAUUUAUCUCAGUUCUUUGGACAGACUUGGAUUUUAGCCAAUCAGUUCUGACUCAUAAGUAACCCCCACAGGAGUGAGCACAAUGUUAUCUAUGACACGUGAAAUAGCAGUGCCUGUCAAAAUGCUCUGAGAUAAGAGUCGAGCUUCAGCGGCUUAGAAAUUGGCAUAUGAACCUACCUUGGUUUAGAUUUACAUAAAAAAAUACCAAGAGAACAAAGCAAAUUUUAUGAUAAAAGUAAAUGUGAAAGUUUAAGUUUGCAUGCCGUAUUGGAAUCAUGAAAGUUUAAUUUUGACUAGACUGUCCCUUUAACCUUCAGACCUCACCUUCUCAUGUCUCUUUUCUGAGCUUAUUUCCACCCAUUUCCCUUUCACCAGGUUUCUCAUAAUCUCCCUCUCAUUCUGCCUUUAUACCUUCUCUAGUAUCAAAAAAUGCUAUUAUGUUCUAUUUCCCUUCCUUUCUUUUUUUUCUAUGGCACUUGAAAAGUCUAAUUUUGCCCGGCAUGGUCACCAGAGGUCACUAAUGAGCUACAUUUAAAAAUUUGGCUGCAAGAGGAAUUUAGCCAAUUACUCCAAACUACAUAUGUGCAAAGUAUUAAAAAAAUACACUUGGUUCUUUUUCCACUCAAAUACACUAGCUGGUUUAUUCCUAUAAAAAAAGGCUAGAUCCUGUUACUGUAUCCGGUGCUAUGCUAAUAGUGCCUUAUAACAGUGUGGUUACUACCAAAGUGUGUCGUCUUAGGAAUGGAAGCUAAGAUUUAUAUGUUACAGUCUAGUCUGAUAAUAAUGUAAUGUGUUAGUGCAUCUUAUUGUUAAAUGUAUACUUUGUGUUUCCGUCAUGCAUUCCUACUCCUGAGCAGGACACAGUCAAUCAGGAAAAGCACGUGCAUUUAGAUACUAGUCACUGGUUGUUUCCUGUUCACCAGUUUAAACCGUUUAACCCAUUUGUGCAGUUUAGACAGUAUUCAAUGAACCUUUGGUAGUCUAAAGAACUCUUAAUAAUUUUACCAUUAGACUACAGGUAUACCUCACUUUACAGUGCUUCACUUUACAGCGAUUCGCUAAUACAGCGCUCUGUAGAGAUGAAGUUCAACCUCCAAGGAUUUUGAAACAGUGCUGUACUCGUUGUGAGAUUGCUAGAAAAGUGACUGGCACCAUUUUGUUAUGCUUAGUUCACUCUGUUUAUAGCAUUGCAGUGCAAUCUGUGUCUCAGUGCUAUAGUCUGGCAAAUUUUACUACAGUAAUUGUCACAAUUUUACAGGUACAGUAUUUAUUGAAUAUUAAUUGAAUACUUGCUGUGCUAGUGUUAAACUAAACAUAGCACUAUUGCACCCCUAAUAUAUGUUAGUUCAACCAUGUUUUCAGGAUUUUAAACACUGAAAAGAAAGCUAAAACUGCCUUGUUUCACUUUAAGGCGGUUUUCACUUUACAGCGGGGCUCCGGUCCCUAACCCGCUGUAUGAGCGGGGUAUACCUGUAUAUUGUCCACCAGAAUUAAACAGGUUUUGUACAUGGCGAAGGGAACUUUAAUCGAAAGUAUGACCAAAUGUUUUUUUGUCGAUUUCUCAGUUUAUACUGCAUAAUAUUUCCAGACCUAUUUUGUGUGUCUGGAAGGCAGUUUUUCAUCCCUAUUGCAUUUAAUGUUCACCUGGUAUCUGUAUCAAGCCGCAAAAGCAACGUUCAUUUAUGCCACAAAGCAACUCCUGCACAUAAUGUCAUGACGGUCAAGUAAAAUAUGUCCAGAAACGCGUUUCCCCUGAAUUUUAUAGUGCCUUCCUGCAUAGCUCCUCCCAUUUCCUGAUUCUACCAUCUAACUUUUUGGGGGCUUUGGACUUUUGCCUCCUUAUAUUUUAUUCAUUGGUGCCGUCUUGUGAAUUAUCAGUAACUGUCUUACUACAGUGGACUAAAGUAUGUUACUGGUUUUAUAUAUAUUUUUUUCAGUAUGACCUUAACCUUUGGCAGCUUUCUUUUUCGUUAGUAUAAAAAUGUAGACGUCAUCUCUUACUUUUAAGUGGAUCUAUCAUUUUUGACGUUUUGGAUUCUCUUUAAGGAAUGUCAUAAAUACAUUGCACUAAUCUUGUAUUGUAAAAACAUUUUACAGGACUACUUUAAUUUGAUGGGACCUUAUCAUAUCGAAACAAAAGGGGCAUUUGCAGGCAUUGUAUUAUUGUUACAUGUAUGGGUUGACUUUAUUUCAUCUUAAAGUGAUGGUAAAUUCACAUAAGUAACUUAAUAUUUUGAAAGCUCAUAUAAUUUUAAGCAUGUGCUUAUUUUUGUCCAAAACAAAACUAAUCUUUUUAUAAAAAAAAACCCCUUUCUGUGAGACUCCGUUACCUGCUUUAAUGCAGCCUCUGUCAUACAAUUUCUUAUUCUUCAAUCUGACAGGCAGCUCUUUCAGCCAAUAGGAGCUGCACCAUAAUCCCUUUGUAAGUUACUGACAGCACGCUCCCAUUUUACUGCUUCGGCAGCGCAGAUAGCAUAGCAAACUGCGCUUGCGCAGUUGUACUUUAUGGCUGAGUCGGCCUCAAGUUACCAGCACGGGAGCGUGCAGUCAAUAACUUACAUUAUAUGCACUUUUUAAAAUAUUAAGUUGCUUCGGUGAAUUUACCAUCACUUUAAAUGUACAGUUUUGUCGUGCGUGCUCUUCCAUUAUAAUACUGUAAAAUUUAGAAGUGUUUCUGUAUAAGGAAAACCAAAAACAAACUAUCCAUGGUCUAUCAGAAUGAUGCUAAAGAGCAGAAUUUGCCUACAUUUUUUUUUAAACUGGUUAUUUAUACAAUAAGAAACUGUGUUUCGGAUCUAACCUGUGACUACCAGAUAUAAUGCACCAUUUUGCUUGCAGUUUUGUUUUCAGGGUUUUUCUGAUCGCUGAAUUCUAAGUCUAAUUCCCAUAAACCAAUAGGAAAAUGUCUUUAGAGCCGAACAGCAUGGUGGCUUCUUAACUAAAAACAAAAAAGGGAUAAACCAAUCUCAGGACAUGUUUGUGCAGCUCAGAUUCUAAUUCCUAAAACUAUGGGGCCUACAUAGACUUUCAGCUUAGUGCUACAAUAGCUCACACAACAAAAGUGCAUUAAUCAUCCCCUCAUGGAGGGGUCAGCUCGUAGUAUUGAUAAAAUAGCAGUUGUAUUUUGUUUGUUUCUACAUGUAACAUGUUUCUACAGUUUUAUUUUUUUAUUUUUUCUAUUACAGGAAAAUUGUCACUUGCUGUAAUAAGUUUUUUUUUUUGUAAUAAACAAGUAAAUUUA